CAUUCCACCCAACAGGGAUCGAGAUCGCCAUGGAAAUUGUUUCUAGGACGAAAGCCAUGUAGGCUCAUGGUUACCGGUAUCUUUGCACGCUGCUGAUGGCGAAAUGCAACCACCACUAUAGAGGAGGCUCCUGGUUGUUGUUCUUGACUGCUUGGAUCGAGUAGAAUAAUAAAGACAGCAGGGGAUGAUUCCUUCCCCCUGCCGCUGCAUGCUCGUUUCUUCUCUAGUGUUUGUUCCCUUGUUUCUUUUCCCAGUACUGCUCCUUUGUUCGCUUCCUAUCCUUCCUCCUCCUCCCCGCCUCCCGAGUCCCGUCCCUCUGCGGAUUUAGCUCCCACCCAGUGGCUCAGCUCAACUCGGACCACUGAGCUCUGACCACUAACUCAACCACUCCAGAUCACGGCGGGCACUGGUGCAGCAAUAGCAACCGGGUCCAAGUCCAAGAAAUGAGCUCGCGGGGUCCCGACCCGGCGCCGCCCGGGGAGGAGCAGGAGACGGCGGAGGAGCUGCUGGAGCGCGUCCGGGGCAUGGUGCCGGCGGCGGCGGCCGCAGCGCGGGCGGCGGGCGGGUUCCCGGGCCGGUGGAAGGCGAUCGCCGCGAAGCUGGACGCGCUGCCGGCGUGCCUGUCCGACCUGUCCAGCCACCCUUGCUUCGCCAGGAACUCGCUGUGCCGGGAGCUGCUGCAGUCGGUGGCCGCCACGCUGGCCGACGCGGCCGAGCUCGCGGCGCGGUGCCGGGAGCCGCCGGCGGACGGGAAGCUGAGGGCGCAGAGCGCCGUCGACGCGCUCUCCGGGAGGCUCGACCUCGGCCUCCGGGACUGCGCGCUGCUCGUCAAGACCGGCGUCCUGUCGGACGCCGCCGGCCCGUCACCGCCGCCGGAGGAGGCGCCCGACGUCCGGGAGCUGCUCGCGCGGCUGCAGAUCGGGCACGCCGAGGCCAGGGGCCGGGCCGUGGACGCGCUGCUGGACGCGCUGCGCAGGGACGAGCGGGGCGUGCUGGCGGCGCUCGGCCGCGCCAGCGUCGCCGCGCUGGUGCAGCUGCUCACGGCGUCGGCGCCCGCGGUCCGGGAGAAGGCCGCCACGGCCGUGUGCCAGGUCGCGGGGUCGGGCGCCGCCUCCGAGGCGCUGCUCGUGUCGGAGGGCGUCCUGCCGCCGCUCGUCAGGCUGGCGGAGUCCGGCAGCGCCGUGGGGCGCGAGAAGGCCGCGGCCACGCUGCACCGCCUGUCCGCGUCGCCCGACGUCGCGCGCGCGGUCGUCGGGCACGGCGGCGCCGGCCCGCUCGUCGAGAUCUGCCGGACGGGGGACUCCGUCUCCCAGCCCGCCGCGGCCGGCGCGCUCAGGAACCUCUCGGCGGUGCCGGAGGUGCGCCAGGCACUGGCCGACGAAGGAGUCGUCCGCGUCAUGGUCGGCCUGCUGGACCGCGGCGCCGUGGUGGCGGGCGCCACCAAGGAGCACGCCGCCGAGUGCCUGCAGAACCUCACGUCCGGCAGCGACGGCCUGCGCCGCGCCGUCGUGUCGGAGGGUGGGCUGCGCAGCCUGCUGCUCUACCUGGACGGCCCGGUGCCGAAGGAGCCGGCGGUGGGCGCGCUCCGGAACCUCGUGGGCGCUGUCUCGCCCGACAGCCUCGUGGCGCUCGGCGUGCUUCCUCGGCUGGUCCACGUGCUCAAAAUAGGGUCGGUUGGCGCGCAGCAGGCGGCGGCGGCGGCAGUCUGCCGGAUCUCCAGCUCCGCCGAGAUGAAGCGCGCCGUCGGCGAGCACGGCUGCGUAGCGCCGCUGGUGCGCAUGCUGGAGGCCAAGUCGAACGGCGCGCGCGAGGUGGCCGCGCAGGCGCUGGCGGCCCUGGCGAGCUGCCCUGCCAACGCCCGAGAGAUGAAGAAGGACGACAAAUGCGUGCCCAGCCUGGUGCAGCUGCUGGACCCGAGCCCUGCGAACACGGCUAAGAAGUACGCCAUCGCCUGCCUCCUCACGCUCUCGGGGACCAAACGAUGCAGGAAGGUCAUGGUCUCGCACGGCGCCAUCGGUUACCUGAAGAAGCUCUCCGACAUGGACGUGGCCGGCGCCAAGAAGCUGCACGAGAGGCUGGAGCGCGGCAGUCUACGCAGCAUGUUCAGUAGAUAGUAGCAGCUGUUACUAUUUUAUUGCCUUGCGAAAGUUUCACCUCUACUGUAUAGAAACCAAACUCAGUCUCACACUCUGUAUGAAAUGAAAUGAAAAUGUCUGUUCAGGAACUAAUAAGCCUAGUAAGUGUAUCUUCAACUAGCAAGAUCAGCCGUCCAGAUUUGUGCAACUUGAUUUGUUACGGACGUCAAGAUCACAUCUGGUGAGAGUUUUCCUUCA